AUGGAGGGCCUGGGCCGCUCGUGCCUGUGGCUGCGCCGGGAGCUGUCGCCCCCGCGGCCUCGGCUGCUGCUCCUGGACUGCCGCAGCCGCGAGCUGUACGAGUCGGCGCGCAUCGGCGGGGCGCUGAGCGUGGCCCUGCCCGCGCUGCUGCUGCGCCGCCUGCGGAGGGGGAGCCUGUCGGUGCGCGCCCUCCUGCCCGGGCCGCCGCUGCAGCCGCCCCCGCCCGCCCCGGUGCUCCUGUACGACCAGGGCGGGGGCCGGCGCCGGCGCGGGGAGGCCGAGGCCGAGGAGUGGGAGGCCGAGUCGGUGCUGGGCACGCUGCUCCAGAAGCUACGGGAGGAAGGCUACCUGGCCUACUACCUCCAGGGUGGCUUCAGCCGAUUCCAGGCCGAGUGUCCUCACUUGUGUGAGACCAGCCUCAAUGGCCGUGCUGGCUCGAGCGUGACCCCAAUGCCCAGCCCAGUGCCCGUAGUGGGGCUGGGUGGCCUGUGCCUGGGCUCCGACUGCUCUGAUGCGGAAUCCGAGGCUGACCGCGACUCCAUGAGCUGUGGCCUGGAUUCGGAAGGUGCCACGCCCCCCCCAGCGGGGCUGCUGCCAUCCUUCCCUGUCCAGAUCCUGCCCAACCUCUACCUGGGUAGUGCCCGGGAUUCAGCCAACUUGGAGAGCCUGGCCAAGCUGGGCAUCCGCUACAUCCUCAAUGUCACCCCCAACCUCCCUAACCUCUUUGAGAAGAAUGGCGACUUUCACUACAAGCAGAUCCCCAUCUCUGACCACUGGAGCCAGAACUUGUCCCAGUUCUUUCCGGAGGCCAUUGCAUUCAUUGACGAGGCCUUGUCCCAGAACUGCGGGGUGCUCGUCCAUUGCCUGGCAGGGGUCAGCCGCUCUGUCACGGUCACCGUGGCCUACCUCAUGCAGAAGCUCCACCUCUCGCUCAACGACGCCUACGACCUGGUCAAGAGGAAGAAGUCUAACAUCUCCCCCAACUUCAACUUCAUGGGGCAGCUGCUGGACUUUGAGCGCAGCCUGCGGCUGGAGGAGCGGCGCUCCCGGGAGCGGGAGCGGGAGCCAGGCGGCGGGCAGGACUCCGCCUGCGACCCGCCCUCCUUCUUCACCACCCCCACCAGCGAUGGCGUCUUCCAGCUGGACCCCACCUAGGGCCCCCAGGCCCGGUGGGUGUUCCCGGCCGGCAGGGGCGGGGCCGGGCGGGGCGGCGGCGCAAUACCUCACGCGGCUGUGGAGGGAGGCUUGGGGCUGAGCAGGGACCUGCCCUGCCCACUGGAGACAUCCGCGGGAAUCCUGCGACACGUGCCUAUGGGCCGGCCCUGGGGCCGCCCGCCUGACCCACCCUGCUCUCAGGCGGGGCCACGCUCCAGAACCUGCCUCUUCUUCGACUGUUACUUUUUUCUUUGCGGGGGGGAUUCCCUAUCUGAGGAACCAUUCCAGGUGGCUGCCUGUUCCCCAGCCCAGGCCCUGGGUGCUCGGCCAGCUCUGCUGGGCCCUGGGCCUCCCUGCAGUUCCCCCUUCAAGAAGGGUGUGUGCCACCUCAUUUGCCACAGGGACUGGCUCCUAGUCCCUUUCGUGUCCCUAACUUGCCACUUGGGGAGUUCGCCACCAUCACCAGUGCAGUCACAUCCCUGCUUUUCCGCCAAGGGCUUGGGCCUUUCGGGGCUGAGGGCCUUCCAGGGGAUGUGGACCCAGAGGUGGAGCAGCCACCGGGCAUCCAUAGCCUGGGAGCACUGGACAGGUUCCCCUCCACACAUCUGGCACCCUGUUUUUUUCCUCUUCCCCCAGAUGUCUUGACGGGAUCACUGGGGCUCUUUGUGACUGGGGGUGGUCAAACUGCCACCGGAGGAGAUGGGGUCUCAGAGCAAGAGCCCGGGAGGGGGAGGGGAAGAAGGAGGCUCGAUUUUGCUGCUGCGGGGCCCACACAGCCCUGUCGGUUUUGGGGGCGGGGAAGGGGCCAAGCUGCAGACACACAGAGUCAUUUAUUGCAGUCCCACCCCUGCGGGUGGCAGGCGCCUUCGUGUGUGUGCAUGUUGCGCUCACACGCGCA